CUCGCGAUAUUUGGCUGUUUCGCCCGCCAACGCUUCACUUGCCUUCUAUUUCUCCUCGGGCCGCGGUCACAACCAACCCACCUCAAGGUUCAAAAGCUCCUCGGAGACCCAGACGCCUGGGAUCUUUCAGAUCCCAAUGUGCUGACCAGUCUCGAACCACGUGGAAACAAGGUCGGCAUGCCGGCACGUUUCACCGUCGAUGCGUUUAGUGCCGGUCGUGGAGCCGUAGAGGUGAUUGUGCUCAAUCCGAAGGGUCAGCGAGAACCGUGCGAUGUGAUUCCGAACACCGAUCGUCAGAACACCUACUCUUGCGCCUACGUGCCCUCUCAGUCGGGCGAGUACAGAGUGAUCAUCAAGUUCGCCGCCAAGGAGAUUAUGAAUUCUCCCUUCAAGGUUAUGGUCGAGGGCGCAGCCGACCCCAGCAAGGCCACUGCUUCCGGUCCGGGUAUCGAACCUCGAGGCAACCAGGUCGGCAGGCGGACAUUCUUUAACAUCUUCACGACUGGUAAGAUCUAA